AUGGGUGCCCACGGCUCCAACCUGGAUGACAUCCUGGAGGAGGACAUGCACCACUGGUACACCAAGUUCAUGAGGGAGUCUCCUUCUGGGCUCAUCACGCUCUUUGAGCUCAAGGGUAUGCUUGAAAUGAAUGGGAUGACAGAAGAGGCCAGCAGCUAUGUGGACCAGGUCUUCUUCACCUUUGACAUGGAUGGGGAUGGCUACAUAGACUUCGUUGAAUACAUUGCAGCAAUAAGUUUAUUACUGAAAGGGGAAAUUAACCAGAAACUAAAGUGGUACUUCAAGCUCUUCGAUCAAGAUGGAAAUGGGAAAAUUGACAAGGAGGAACUGGAGACUAUAUUUAAGGCUAUUCAAGAUAUCACGAGGAUUUACGACGUCCCACCAGAAGAGAUUGUGACUCUUAUAUAUGAAAAGGUCGAUGUCAAAGGAGAAGGUGAGCUGACACUGGAGGAGUUCAUCGAUGGAGCGAAGGACCAUCCUGACAUCAUGGAUAUGCUCACCAAGAUGAUGGAUCUUACCCACGUCCUGGAAAUCAUCCUCAAGGGUCUAAAACCAAAGAAUGCUGUGAACUGAAUCGGGAGUCAACAAACUGGAUUGUGUGGAAGAGUUGAGAUCAUUUUUGGUGGAUUUUCAGAAUGCAGCAUUGUUGAGGAAAGAGUGUAUGUGCUUGAUGAAGAGCCAUGUUCCAAUUUCAGAGUGCACAUAAUGAACUCAAAAAACCCGACUGAGCAGUCCCAUGCAGAUAUGAUCUCUCUGUAUGUCGCCCAAGGGAAGCAGAAAAAGUGCCGUCUUCUCUCUGCUUGUGCUCUCACGUCUCUUGUUUGGUGGCCCUUCAGUUUUGUUAAGGUUUAAAACACCUUUAACAAGUGAUGUGUUUGGAGAAUUUCAGUGAAGGGAAGCCCAUUUGCUUCAGGUUCCCAUCACGGUGUGAGUAGACGGCUCAAAGCAAUGUGGAUAAACCACUUUGAUUUACUUCAUCAGAAUUGGGCUUGAGAUGUUGUAAGGGCUUCUUGGUUUGCAGAACUGUCAGGGACAAAGUGGAAAGCAGAGCGGGAUACUUCAUUCCGAAAUGUCUUGGACAGCUUUGGCAUUAUUUUAACAUUAUUUCAACAGAUUUAUAAUGGAACAUGUUAAAUUCAAAUUAAUUAAUUAAUUAAUUCUACUUAGUCCUGUUGAACGGCCAAAUUCACUGUGAAUUUCUUACACUACUCACCGAGACUGUACUUCAUUUUGUGUUGUCGCUCUUGUAAGAUCCGCAUGAAAACUACACUAUUGGCUGUAUAAAAACUGAAUGGUAACUGAAUACAAAUG